AUGGUGGUUACGAAAGUGGAAAAGUUGGAACCUCUGUCCUUGCGCAAGGAAUGGAUGAACGACCUCGCUGAAGCUAUCGCUUUCCUGGAAUCACUUAACCUCGCUCACGGCGACCUACGACCGGAAAACAUCCUACUUGAUCGUAACCGAUUAAAGCUAUCGGAUUUUGAUUGCGCGGCUAAAAUCGGAACAAAUUACGAAGCAUGCAUGGCUCUAUAUAGCAGGAUACUUAAUAGUAAUGACGUGGACCAAGGAGAGUGUGGAACUUUCGGUUUCCUGAGCCCUCGAACAGAGCAGUUCGCGCUCGGUUCUUUGUUCUAUCUCAUAAACUAUGGCUUUGAAGUCUAUGGGGAUCGAUGUCUUACAGAGGAUCCCUACGAGCAUAGUCCUAAGGUCGUGGACUUACUACAGAACAUGGAGUUUCCAAAAUUGGAUGGCGAUCCAUUAAUUGACAGUGUCAUCGAGAAGUGCUGGCAUCACAAAUAUGUCACGGUUUCAGAAUUAGCCGCGCACACAAAAAGGCUUUUGCAUGAAAGAACCGAUCCGGCAGGAAGUAACGGAGAAGGAAACAGAGAGGAAGGAAACAAUGGAUUGAAAUCCCCCGUCAAAUUAUCUUUCAUCGUCUGGUGGCGUAUGGUUAUGGGCCGCCUAAUUCACGGGGUAUAG